AUGCCAUACCCACGCGGUCUGUCGGCGCUGCUGAAGAAGGCGCCAUCCGACACGGUGGUGCUGUCGGCGGUGCGGACGCCCAUCUGCCGGGCGAACCGUGGCAAUCUCAAGGACGCCUACCCCGAAGAGCUGCUGGCGACGGUGCUGCGCCGCACGCUGGAACGCGGCACGGCGAUGGGGCUAGACCGCAGCCGGAUCCAGGACGUGGCUGUCGGCGUGGUGCUGUCAGAGCUGGGCGGUUCCAAGGCGGCACGCACGGCGCUGAACCACGUCGGCUUCGACACGCACGCCACGUCGCUCUAUACCGUCAACCGAGCCUGUGCGUCCAGCCUGCAGGCUGUGGCUGCUGUGGCCGCACAGAUUCGCGUGGGCGCCAUCGAAGCUGGCAUUGCGGCCGGCAUGGAGAGCAUGACGCGAAACUACGGCAGCCGUGCGAUCCCGACGGACCUCUGGCCAGCUCUGCGCGAAUCGCCCGUGGCCGAUGCCCGUGAUUGCGUCAUGCCCAUGGGCACGACGAGCGAGAACGUUGCCAGCCGCUACGGCAUCAACCGUGCAGACCAGGACAAUGUGGCGCUGCACAGCCACCGCCGAGCAGCUGCUGCUGUGGCUGCUGGCCGCUUCGUCGACGAGAUCGUCCCCGUCGCCACGCGCUUCCAGCCACUGCUGCCCAAGGGCGCUCCCAAGGACACGCCGCUCGAGCCGGAACAGCAGAUCACCGUCACCACUGACGACGGCAUCCGUGCGGACAUCUCGCCCGAGGUUCUCGCCCGCCUCAAGCCUGCCUUUGCUGCCGAUGGCACCAGCACGGCCGGCAACUCGUCUCAGGUCAGCGACGGCGCCGCCGCCCUUCUGCUCAUGCGCCGCAGCACCGUCGACCAGCACCUCCCGCCUGGCACCCGUGUGCUCGGUCGCUUCGUCGCUUCCGCCACCGUCGGCUGCCGCCCCGACGAAAUGGGCAUUGGCCCUGCUCUCGCCAUCCCUGCCCUCCUCGAUCGUCUCGGCCUCUCCACCGCCGAUGUCCACCGCUGGGAGAUCAAUGAGGCCUUUGCUAGCCAGACGCUCUACUGCCUCCGCCAGCUUGGCCUUGAGUCUGCCUGGGCCGAGUCCGAGUACGACGAGGCCAGCCCCCAUGCCCGUCCUCGCGCCCUCGUCAACCCCGACGGCGGUGCCAUCGCUCUUGGCCAUCCCCUCGGUGCUACCGGCACUCGCAUGGCCACCACUCUGCUGCACGGCCUGCACCGUGACGGUGGCGAGAUCGGCGUCGCCAGCAUGUGCAUCGGCACCGGCAUGGGCAUGGCUGCCCUGUUUGUCCGUGAAUAA